AUGACCACGCAGCGCCCGCCUUCGCCUUCGCCUCCGCCUCGGCCUCUGCCAGUCCCUCGUGCGACGGGUGAAAUCUCACCGUUCUCACGACUCGACAAGCUAGAAAAGCUCCUUGCCCCGCGCUGGCAGCGCCCGCCUUGCGGCUGUCGCAAGCGUGUCAUGGUGUACACGUACGCCUGGUGCAAGAGCGAGCCGAAACACGUCUUUCAGAGAGUUGCCUAUGACAAGUGCGAGAACCGCCGUGAUCGGCGCGGCUGGCGGAGGUUCUUCUCCCGCCGCCGUCGUCGUCACGGACGUCACGGUCGCGGUAGUGUCGAUAGGAGGUUUGAAGGGUGUACGGGGCAGUACCGGACUGUGCUGCGUGCGGGAUCGGUGCGGCUCUGGCCGUGUCCGAAGUGUGACCCGGAAGGGUUUAAGAAACGGCCGUUGUUGUUGGCCAGGGGGACGAAUUGGUGGCUGGGGCCGAAUAGGUUGUUGAGGGUCGGGGGGAUUGAGAGGUUUGAUACCUUUUGGGAGGAUGAGCCGGGUGGUCCGCCGCCGAGGUAUAGAAGGAAUACGCGUGACUGA